AUGCAAGGUCAUCAAAUACGAAUAUUGGUGGUCGUUUGUCCACACGAAAAUUCUCCUACUUGUCCAGCAUUCAAAAUGAACAGUAAAAUCAAAUUUUGGACACACUUGAUUUGCAGUCAUGAUGAUUUUGAAAGUGUUCCUUGUAUCGAAAAUGAAUUGGCAAAAACUGUAUUUGAUUGCUUUUUGGACUUGGUGAGGAUGAAAUUGAUGUCUGGGUCACGUGUUACAGGGAAAUCAGAACCUUCAAAUGACAUCUCAGCAAUAGCAGAAGAUAGAGUGCAAGGACCAGUUUUUCAAGAAUAUAUUGAAAACGUAUUGGGUGUUCCGUUGCAUUGGAUUGACAGAAACUCGCAAAUGGUGCCGGAUUUAGCAAUUUGUCUAAAUACAGACAAUAUUGAACGUUCAGUGCAAUUAUUACAGGACAAAAGCGCAGAAGAUACCAUUUUGGUUAUUAUUAAUCAUUGUGAAGAAGGGGUGCCCAUUAAAAGAUCGACCAUUUUCAACAGCAGAUUUUCCAGCGUUAUAGAUUUGCGUUUUAGUGAAUGCUUCAAUAAAUUUUAUGGUAAUGAUACUUCGAUUGAAGAAUUGAAAAAACUUCUUUCUGGAAAUAAAGGAUUUGAAAUUGCAGAAGAUACAUGUAACAUGGUGAGAAGACAAAAACAGCAAGGGCAAACCAUAUUUUCAUCGUCAAUGGACGCAAAGAAAGAGUCUGGAGUAGAAGAAUGGACACUUGUAGAUCGUGAAGCAGACCACCAAGCGCAGUAA